AUGGUAUGUGACCCCGUCAAUGCUGCCAACGUUUUUACAGUGGGUGAUGAGAAGGGAUGGACAAUUGGCUUUGACUACCGGACGUGGGUACAAGCCAAAGAAUUCCAUGUUGGGGACAGACUGGUGUUCAACUACCCGAAGGGAGUUCACAACGUGCUAGCGGUAAAUGGGUCGUCAUUUGCAAACUGUGUUAAAGAAGCCACCGGUGGUAAGUUUGAGAGCGGGAAGGACGAUCUACAAAUAAUGAAAAGUGGGAAUAUAUGGGUCAUCUCUGGUGUGGGGCAGGAUUGCGAAAACGAUCUGAAGCUCAAAAUCACAGCAAUUGAGGCUCAGUUUCCUUCUGCUUCACCCGCACCUGGACCUGCACCUGCACCAGAAUCAUCAGACUGGAUUGGAGAUUCAGACGAACAUUGGCCUACUCCGGCUCCAUCUUCCAGAUAUCGAUCAAAGCCUUGGUAG